UGAUCAAAGGCAACAACCUUAACAUAUUAACAAGGGAAAAAAGGGAGAGAAAAAGAAAAACAACAACUCUUGGGAUAUGAAUGUAUGAAAUUUGGUUAUAAAUUUCAUUAACCAAAAAUUUGGUAGAGUGAUUAAUUCUUCUUAUAAAAAAUCUCCUCUACGUUCUCUAUUCGAGGAAUUGAGGCGUGGGGGAGGUACGAAAUAAGAGGAAUACAAUUACGUAAAGAGGAAGAAGAGAGAGGUGUUCUUAGGGAGGAGACGAAAUGUGGAACCAACCCCAACACCAGCACCAACUCCAACACCAACCUCAAAACCAGCACCAACACCAGUACCAACCACCAAUCCAACACCACCAACCACCGCUACCCCAUAGCGUUAGUGCGGAGAUACAAAUUGGGGAAGUUGCCGUGGCAAUUGACAAGGAUAAAGGAAGCCAAUAUGCUCUUAAAUGGGCAGUUGAUAAUGUUCUUAGCAAGGGUCAAACGGUUACUUUGCUCCAUGUUAAGCAAAGGCAGAAUACAAAUCAUUCCACCCUAAAUUCGGCAGCUCCCCUUUCUGAUAUCAACGAAGAAGCUGCUAGAUCGGUUAGGUAUUAUGCUGAAGCUCAAGCUCGAGAGAUCUUUCUUCCUUUUCGUUGUUUCUGCAGUCGAAAAGACGUAAUCUGUAACGAAAUAAUAUUGGAAGACGUAGACAUUUCGAAAGCUUUGAUAGACUAUUGCCAACAUCAUACAAUUGAUGUCAUGGUUGUAAGUGCUUCAUCAAGGAAUCAACUAAUCAGAAGGUUAAAAGGACCGGAUGUUGCAACAAAUUUAUUCAAAGGUUUGCCUGAAUUCUGCUCUGUGUAUGUGAUCUCUAAGGGGAAAAUGUUACAUAGUCGAUCGGCCGCUCAUCCCCUCCGAAGACCCUCCUCGGCCCGAAGCCCGCCACAUCGUCAUAUCAUUCCCACUGGUAUCCCUACAUUUGAUUCCCCCAUGCGUUCUAGUGGCGUUGGUGGUAGUGUCGGUGGUGGUAGCAUUGGUGGUAGUCUUAUUCCAAGAGACAGAGAAAGGUCACCCUUUAACUCAACUAGGCUAGUGGAAGACAUGGACUCGAUAAGGUCACCAUUUACUAGAGGAAGAGCAACAAACGGUAGAGCAUAUGGUGAAAUUGGUGUGCCAGAUUCUGACAUAUCAUUUGUAAACCAUCCUAGUCCUUGGCAAACCAACGACCAUAGAGUUAGUCUUGAUCGUCCUUCAUUUGAUAUAAUGGAAGUCAGACACGGGCCUCGAUUUUCUAAUGGAUCGGAUCUGGAUCGGAUGAGUAUUGGAUCGUCAUUGCAUGAUAGGAGAUCAAUCGAUCAGAAUGCCAUAGUUGAAUAUUCCUCUUCAAAUUGUAGUGGUUUCUCAGCAAACUCUGAAGAUUUUGAAUCUGAGAUGAGAAGAUUGAGAUUGGAGCUCAAGCAAACUAUGGAGAUGUAUAAUGCAGCCUGUAAAGAAGCACUAACUGCAAAACAAAAGGCAAGUGAACUUCAAAGAUCAAGGAUGGAAGAGGAUCACAGACUAGAAGAGGCGCUUUUCGCGGAGGAAACAGCAAGGGCCAUUGCUGAGCAGGAGAAAGCCAAGUGCAGAGCAGCCAUAGAAGCAACAGAAGCAGCUCAAAGACUUGCAGAACUGGAAUCACAAAAGAGAGAGCUUGCAGAAAAGAAAGCCAUAAAAGAAACAGAAGAGAAGCAAAAGGCACUUCAAGCUUUGAAUCAAAAUGAUAUUAGGUACAGGAAAUAUAGCAUUGCAGAGAUUGAAUCUGCAACUUGUUUCUUUUCUGAAUCCCUUAAGAUUGGUGAAGGUGGUUAUGGUCCUGUUUAUAAGAGCACCCUUGAUCACACACUUGUUGCAAUUAAGGUUCUUAGGCCUGAUGCAGCUCAAGGAGAGGCACAGUUUCAGCAAGAGGUUGAAAUCCUAAGUUGCAUAAGACAUCCCAACAUGGUGCUCCUCUUAGGUGCAUGUCCUGAGUAUGGUUGUCUAGUCUAUGAAUUCAUGUCGAAUGGAAGCUUAGAAGACCGUCUCUUUUGUAGAGAAAACUCGCCGCCACUUUCAUGGCAAUUAAGAUUCCGAAUUGCAGCAGAAAUCGGAACAGCAUUACUCUUCCUUCACCAGACAAAACCAGAGCCACUAGUACACCGUGACCUUAAACCAGCAAAUAUAUUACUCGACAGAAAUUAUGUUAGUAAAAUUGGUGACGUUGGGCUAGCGAGGUUGGUACCACCAUCCAUAGCAGACACUGUAACGCAGUAUCGAAUGACACAAGCAGCAGGAACCUUCUGUUACAUCGAUCCAGAGUAUCAGCAAACAGGGAUGUUAGGGACUAAAUCAGAUAUUUACUCUUUAGGGAUCUUGUACUUACAGCUAAUUACGGCGAAACCAGCUAUGGGUUUAACACAUCACGUACAAAGGGCUAUAGAACGAGGAACAUUUGCAGAAUUAUUAGAUGAAAAUGUUCAUGAUUGGCCUUUUCAAGAGGCUUUACAAUUUGCCAAACUAUCUCUUCAUUGUGCAGAGUUAAGAAGAAAAGAUAGACCUGAUCUUACACAAAUAUUACCUGAACUCAACAAAUAUAGGGAGUUUGGUGAAGCAAAUAUGCCCAGUUAUAUGUACCCUCCCGUACCUACAAACACCCCCUAUAGGCCAAGUCAAGUCACCACACAUAAUUAUUCACUUAAUAGUGAAAACCAUUCGACGGCCUCAGUAUUAAGCAGCAACAGAAGUCAUUCAUCUUCAUCAGGAGCAACAUUGUAGCACUUAUUUGUUAUAUUCUCUCUUUCUCUACCCACCAUUGAUAUACAAAUAUUGUAUGUAAUUUGAUGAAUGUAAAAACUCCCUAGAAAUCAUAUAGUCCUCCCUAAUAACCCUAAAUUGACCCCCUCUUGGCCACCAAAGAAAACAUACAGGAAAAUAAUGGAUGCGACAGAGGCGGAGUUGCGUACAACCCAGUCAUGAUGGGAAAAUGACGGGGAUCGAAUUGUACGUACGUACAUUUUUCAGAUUUAUGUUAAGAGUUGAAUGCCAUAUCAACUUUGGAAUAGAGUCUUGUAUGUAAAAUUGUAAAUCGAUAUUUCCUACAAUUCAUAAUUCCAUUGUGUUUGUGCUUC